UGGAAAAAACUGUGACAAGUUCGGAAUCAUCGUGCAUGAGCUGGGGCACGUAGUUGGGUUUUGGCACGAGCACACGAGACCAGAUAGAGAUAAGCACGUCGUAAUCAUCACAAAACACAUUAUGAAUGGGCAACAGUACAAUUUUGAGAAGCUCUCGGGUGCGGAGGUGAACUCUAUGGGACUGCCUUACGACUACAACAGUAUCAUGCAUUAUGCCAGAAACACGUUCUCGAUUAAUACAAAUCUCGAUACCAUUCUUCCUCGGGAGAAUCCUUUCAGUAACGAAAGACCUGAAAUCGGUCAAAGGCUCCGCUUAAGCAAAGGCGAUAUCGCUCAGACUAAUGUAAUGUACAAGUGUCCAAGAUGUGGAAAAACCUUACAACAACCCAAUGGUACUAUUACCUCACCACAGUAUCCAAAGUCACAAACGCCGCUAGAGGGCGAGCAUUGCGAAUGGCGUAUUACAGCCACUCUUGGAGAAAAAAUAGUUUUAAAGAUCUUAGACGUGGACAUCUUUGAGAGCUAUGAAUGUGGAACAGAUUACUUAGAAAUACGAGAUGGAUAUUGGUACAAAUCGCCACUGCUAGGUAGGUUGUGUGGCAGUGGGAAAGCUCCUAUCAAGUUAAUGACGUCAGGACACCGAAUGCUAGUUACCUACAGAACAUCAACCAAUCAGAAUGGACACAAAGGCUUUAAAUCACUGUACGAAGCAAUUUGCGGUGGUGAUGUAAUCAUGGAGAAAGGUGUCUUGCAAAGUCCAAACUACCCCGAUGAUUACCGACCCAACACGGUAUGUGAGUGGAAAAUAAGCGUUCCUGAAACCUAUCAAGUUGCCCUUGAGUUCCAAUCCUUAGAGGUUGAAAACCAUGACAACUGUGUCUACGACUAUGUAGAAAUACACGAUGGCCAUGAUGCUGCUAGUCCUCUACUGGGAAGAUUCUGUGGUUACAAGAUUCCAGGCGAAGUUCGUUCUACGAAAAAUCAGAUGUUGAUUAAGUUUGUGUCUGAUGGAUCUGUGGAAAAAUCGGGGUUUUCCGUAAAUUUUAUAAAAGAAUUUGAUGAGUGUUCCGGGAAGAACCAUGGGUGCGAGCACAUUUGUGUGAACACAAUGGGAGGAUUCAGAUGUGAAUGCAAGAUUGGAUACGAACUUCAUUCUGACGGGAAGAUGUGUGAAGAUGCUUGUGGUGGUACUAUCGAGGUAGCCAAUGGAACCAUUAUCAGCCCAUCCUUUCCAGAUCUCUACCCCCAGAACAAGAAAUGCGUCUGGGAAAUUAUUGCUCUUCCUCAGUUCCGAAUUACUCUGAAUUUCACUCAUUUUGAUUUAGAGGGAAACAAUCGAGACUGCGAAUACGACAACAUCAAUAUCCAUAGUAAGAUGAGUGGAAAUGAUGUUAGGAAACAUGGGGUCUUUUGUGGCUCACGAUUACCGCCAGUAAUCACAUCGGAAGGAAAUAAUCUUCGAAUUGAGUUCAAUUCUGAUAAUUCAGUCCAGAAGAGUGGAUUUGCUGCCGUGUUUUUCACAGACCUUGAUGAAUGUGCCACAGAUAAUGGAGGUUGUGAACACAUCUGUAAGAAUACGAUAGGAAGCUAUAUGUGUGCUUGUCAGAACGGUUUCGUCCUUCAUGAAAAUAAACAUUACUGUAAAGAAGGAAGCUGCACACAUCACGUCACUGCUCCAGUCGGAGAAAUCACUAGCCCUAACUAUCCAGAUUAUUACCCAAACAGGAAAGAAUGUGCUUGGCUAUUCACCGCUACACCAGGACACAGGGUCAAAUUGGUUUUCAAUGAUUUUGAGUUGGAGCCCCACCAGGAAUGUACGUACGAUCACGUCGAUCUUUACGAUGGAGAAACUACGGAUUCCUCGAUCUUGGGCCGUUUCUGUGGCAGCAAAGUGCCACACUCCAUCUUAGCUUCUUCCAAUCGAAUGUACAUGACUUUCACAUCUGAUACUUAUGUACAGAGGAAAGGUUUUAAAGGCACACACUACACAGUUUGUGGUGGUCGUUUGACGGCGUCAUAUUCUGUACAACACUUGUAUUCUCAUUCGAAAUACGGUGAUCAGAACUAUGACAAUAAAGAAGAGUGUGAUUGGAUCAUAGAAGCUGAGGACGGAGUAAGCGUGCGACUGAGAUUCAUGACUUUCCACGUGGAGCAUGAACAAGACUGUGGCUAUGACUACGUGGAAAUCUACGACGGGUAUGAUGACUCUGCGCCUCAACUAGGUCGGUUUUGUGGAAAUAAAAUACCGAGAGAGAUUUUGUCCACAAGCAACAUUCUACUGUUGAAAUUCCGGUCGGACGAUACCAUUAACACUAAAGGAUUUUCUGCAGCAUACCUAGCCGACAAGGAGGAGCCAGUUGAAAAGAACGAGUUAUUGAGCAGUGAAUAAUCAAACUUCAACAUUACAUUUUGUGCUUCCUGGUUUACAAUGAAACUUGUGUAGAAAUAAAACAAUUAGUAGAUAUUGUUGAACAUAAUGAUACUGUUGACGCGAACAAGUAAACUGUUUUGAAGAUCCAGAACAUUUGCAUACUGUGAGGUACCAUUAUAGUGCUGAUUCAGUGUUGGAACGAACGUGAUAACUUGUUUCAACAAUGGGAACUUGCUGGAUAAUGUAGAACAUGAUUAAAGUGCUGAUUCAAUGUUCACGUUGACAUGGAGUGUUGAGUUGAAGUUCAGCGAUAUGUAUAACGACUGAUUACAACAUUGUUCAAUGUGACUAUUGACUGCAAAGAUCAACAAGUUUGAGAUACUUAUUGGAAUACAACGCUCUUCUGGAAUAAACGUGAAAUUACAAUUGUUCUAUAAUCGUUUCAACACAGAUACAGCUUUAUUCUGUGAGGUAGUUAAUUCUGCAUUACCUUCCACGUGCAAUAUCUAUCAUAAAUCGUGUAUUACUUGGAUGAAAAACGAUUAAAUAUA